AUUAUCACAUGUUUUGCAUUGAAUAACAAAAACAAUUCAUUCAAACAAUCACUUCAUUUGAUCCCAAGAUAUGGCACAACAGAUGAAACUCAUGAAGACAUCACUCGAGACCACAGAUGAUCAUAAAAUACAACCGAUAAUGUAUGCGAAGAACUCAAUGGACAGAUUCGGUGACGAUUUGCUUUAGCUAUUAUUGUCACAUUCACACCGCUACUAUUAUCUCUCACUCGAAGAUCGGUUUCGAUGCGAAUGUGUGUCCAAACAGUUCCAGAGGACAGUCUUCGGGAGUGUUGUCGACAUCACUAUUGAUACCAAUUUUAUUAGUAAAAUAAGAAACGAUAAAAAGGAAAUUGAUUUUCAAAUGUUGGCCACAAUUGCCAUAAAAUGUACAAACAUUGAGAUCAUUGACUGUCGAGGAAUGGAACCGAUAUCUCAGAUAUUGUCACCAAUUGUCUCAAUUGGAUGUCCACUCGUUGUUCUAUAUCUUCGACAGGACUUCCGGACAACUAUUGGCAAACAAUUUGCAAAAGACUACCCGGACGACUGUAUGGAUCUGUUGUCCGCAUUUGUGGCACAGAAUCUGUCCCUUAAAAGUGUUGAAGUAAUGAGUGAUGAGUGGAGACAUGAGAAUCACGAAUCGGUGACCGAAAUAUGCGGACAAUUGUCACGAUUAACACAAUUACGGGAUUUGACACUUCAUUUAAGGGUAAAGGAUGAAAACAAUUCAUUGUCUGAGUCUUUGCGUACAAUUGGCUUAAACUGCAAACAAUUGCAACGAUUGACACUUCGUUUGGAUUCCUAUCGUUUGCCAAUCAAUGGCCAGACAUUGGAUUCGUUGAAGAGUUAUCACAAACUAAAACGUUUAGAUUUAACACUAUUUGAGUCAAAUGAUGAUAUAUUGUUGGAACCGUUGAAACUCUGCCACCGAUUAACACAUUUAACACUUGAUAUCUGGGAAAUGAAGACUAAAUUUUUUAUCAAUUGUGAAAAACAUUGGCCACGACUUCAAUACCUAUCAAUCAAAGCUUUAACACUAACUCCCGAGUGGUUGUCACACAUCGCAAGACUACCGGCGCUGCAAACGCUUGUCAUUCACUCCCUUUUGUGGGCAAACAAGGAUGCGGUCAAAGAUCAUGUCUUUGAGGAUCUGUUUUCCAUAAAUAUGGCGCAACAUAUAAAACACACGAAGACAUCACUCGAGACCACAGAUGACGGCAAUGAAGACAAAGACACACAACAGUCUCAAAUCUAUGCAAAAGACUCUUUGGAUCGAUUCGGUGAUGAUUUGUGUGCACUUAUAGUGUCUUAUCUCUCACUCGAAGAUCGGUUUCGAUGUGAAUGUGUGUCCAAACAGUUCCAGAGGACAGUCUUCGAGAGUGUUGUAGACAUCACUCUUAGCGAUGAAUUUAUUAAGAGAUUAUCGAAGGAAAAGAGAAGAGCUAUAGAAAUGGUUGCCAUAAACAACCAAUUAUUGCCCACAUUUGGACCACUGAUUACACGAAUUGACAACAUUUACCUGAAGGAUAAACAAUUGCUCACUCAUUGCCACCGAUUAUCUCAAUUAAGUAUCAAUUCGUUGUCCGAAGUCUUCGACAGCACUUCCAGACAACUAUUGGCGAAGAAUUUGCAGAAAUUUGAAUUUGUUUACGAAUUGACUGAUAAUAAGGAACAGUUGUCUGCAUUCGUGGCACACAAUCAGUCAAUCAAAAGUGUUGACACUUUACCCGAAAUGUGCGGACAAUUGUCACGAUUAACACAAUUACGGGAAUUGAGACUCAGUUUUGGAGUAAAAGAUGGCGAGAACUCAUUGUCUGAAUUAAAACGCUUGCGUUUAGUACUCUAUAUGCCUAUCGAUCAGCAACUGUUGGAACCGUUGAAACUCUGCCACCGAUUAACGCAUUUAACACUCAGUUUACGCCAAAUGAGUGACAAAUUACUGGAUAAUUGUGGUAAACAUUGGCCGCGACUUCAGUACUUAUCCAUCAGUGCUAAUGGCAUGACUCGCGAGUGUUUGGAUCACAUCUCAAGACUACCGGCGCUGAAAAUGCUUUGCAACCCCUCCAUAGAGAACCCUCUCUACAACGAAUACCCCUUCAUAGCGAACGAUUUGAAAUCAUUUGACGGAUUCGCUAUACAUAUA